AUGCAUGUGGUUCAGAAGCGUUUGGAGAAUAAUAUAAAAUGUAGGAAAAGUAAUCGACUGACUGCUUUUGACAACUUGAGAAAUUUGACAACUUGUGAGAAUACCAGAGACAUUUCUGAAGUAUCAGACAAAAAAUCAAAAGUAGAACACAGAAGAUUACAAUUGGAAAAAUGGAAGGAGGAAAAAGAGAAAAGGAAAAAGGAAGCAACAGCACAGAAAAAGAAACCUUUUGUGACAGGAGUGGUACAUGCUCCACUGAAGUUUGUACCACCUCCACCUCUUUCAAAGCCCAUGCCGAGUACUUCUGGCCGAGUGACAAGGUCACAAGUUUCUAAAAAUGUCACAAAACCAAAACCUAAAUAUUCCAAGAUAACACAAUCAUUUGCUCCAAAUAAUGCAACAUUCAAAGCCCCACAGUUAAAAAAUGUAAUAGUAUUACCAACAAUGACUCAAGCAUUAAAGAAAAAAGAGAAAAUUGUUUAUGAAUUUAAACCUGUUUUACCAAACACAUCAAAAGAAAAUAUAAAGCAGACUAGGGCAAAGACAUCAAACAACAAGAAAAUUGUUGAGGCUUCCAUAACAUGGCAUAAAAAGAAAACUAUACAGAACAAAUCAAAGGCAAAUAUUAAUAAGCAAACUCCUAAAAAGAAAAUGCUUUCAAACAUUUUGGAAAGUUCAUCAAGUAGUGAGAUUUUUUCAUCAAAAUCAAGUGAGAGUUGUAAUGAAGUUGAUAUGGGGACCUCAACAAAAUUCGAAACCUUAAAAAGACAGUCUAUACUAUUGCAAUCCUCAUCUAGCAGUGAAGUAGAAGGAAGUUCAAUUGAAAAAUCACCUAUUUUAAAGAGUAGAACACCAAGACAAUCUUUGCCAAAGAAUACUAAAGCAUUUACUCCCAAAAAUCCUGUGCCUAAGAGUGAAUCAAGUUCUGAAGAGAAGCUAAGGUCACCAAAGUCACCUAUUGAUGUGUCGAUGACUCCAGAGCAGAUAGAUGAAGCAAAAAAGAUAAGUCCAUGUGUGACCAUGUCAAGAGGAAAGGACAAUGCAAGAAAAGAAAUGAAGAAAAAAAUGGAAGAAGGUUUGUUGGAUGAAGACACUAGUGACAUUGAUAGUGUAAACCACUUUAGAAGACAACUGGACUCUGAGAUUAAACGGAUGACAGAAAUGUGUGAAGUUUGGGAGAAGAUACGAGACCAAACAACACUCUCAGAAUCUAUACAGGAGCUAGUACUGAGCGCGGUGGGUCAGGCGCGGCUGUUGAUGUCUCAGAAGUUGCGUCAGUUCUCAUCGCUGGUGGAUCGGUGCGCCAACCCCUCGCCUGCGCACGCGCUAGUCACGCCCGCGGACCUCGCCGGAUUCUGGGACAUGGUCUUCAUGCAGGUUCGUAUAUAUAAAAAAUAAAUAAAAAUCUGUUAAAUACCAGCAUCUUUGCAGGACUAGAUAGCUUGCAUCAUAUACGACGAGGUUUGACUUAUGAGUUUUACUAUACCUAUAUAAUUCCAUACUUUAACGGUACAGCAACGAUUAAAAAAAAUAUUGUGCUGUCGUGACAUUUAUAGGUCUUUGUUUUUUUUUCUACGCUUAUGCGUAGUACCGACAUAUAAGAAGCUAGAUAGAUAAUUAGAUUAA